AACCGGUAAGAGCCUGUCCGGUGAAGCCUUGGUAGCUAUCAGGGGACUGGGCGUGUCUAGUCUUGAAUAUGAAGAAGCGAAAAGUAUUUUAAAAACAAAAUUCGGUGCACAGAGACGGCAAUUACAUGCAUAUUUAGAUCAGUUAGAAAGUUUGCCUCAAAUUAAACCGAGGGACACAAAGGAUUUUGAACGCUUUGCUGAUUUAGUUCCUGUGACAGUAGUGAAGUUAAAGGCGGAAAACCGUCAUGGAGAGUUAGGCAAUGGUUCCCUGCAUGGCAUACUCGUGAAAAAGCUGUCAGAUAGACACCUUGAAAUGUAUAGUAGGUGGCUUUGA